GACGUGUAAGGCCACCCAAACUCGCCCAUGUCGUUGCGGAAGGAGAUGGUCCAAAGAGGCUAGUCCAGGGUCCGGCAGCCCCGAGCUACUUGCGGACACGAUCACCUCCGCGAAUCCUCAACUCCCCAACGUCAACCCUCACCUGCAGUCGCUCAUUCACCCAAUUCCGCAGACACACCACACAUAACGCACAUUGCAAAGAUGGCAAACACCAACAAGUACUCGGUGCUCCUGCCCACCUACAACGAGCGCCGCAACCUGCCCAUAAUAACAUGGCUGCUGGCCAAGACGUUCGAGGAGAACAAACUCGACUGGGAACUCAUCAUCAUCGACGACGGCUCCCCCGACGGAACUCAAGAAAUCGCCGCGCAGCUCCAAAAAGUCUACACACCCGCACGCAUCCAAAUCCGCGCCCGCGCCGGUAAACUAGGCCUCGGAACCGCCUACGUCCACGGCCUACAAUUCGCAACCGGAAACUUCGUCAUUAUUAUGGACGCGGAUUUCAGCCACCACCCCAAGUUCAUCGCGCCCAUGAUCGCCCUCCAAAAGACCAAGAACUACGACAUCGUGACCGGCACACGGUAUGCCGGCGACGGUGGUGUAUUUGGCUGGGACCUCAAGCGCAAGUUUGUGUCGAGGGGCGCGAAUCUUUUUGCGGAUACGGUGCUUAGGCCUGGUGUGAGUGAUCUUACGGGCUCGUUCAGGUUGUAUAAGAAAGAGGUGUUGCAGAAGGUGAUUAGGCAGACGGAGAGUAAGGGGUAUACGUUUCAAAUGGAGAUGAUGGUGCGCGCAAAGGCUAUGGGGUGUACGGUUGCGGAGGUGCCCAUCUCGUUCGUCGACAGGCUGUAUGGCGAGAGCAAGCUUGGUGGUGAUGAGAUUGUUGAGUACGCGAAGGGCGUUUUGGCGCUGUGGAUGAAGGUUUAGAUGGGUUGUGUGGGGUGUCGGUGGCCGGGAAUGAUUGCUGGCCUUGGCGGUAUCUCGGGCAGGCAAGGACAUGGUAUAUUUGAUCUUUCUCCGCCUCGUCUGAUUAGUAUGUUUAACUCUUAAUCUUCUCACCAGAAUCUUCGUGCACCUGUUGCGGCGUGUCGCGACUGCGACUACCUAUUUA